AUGUUGGAUCCUCGCAGGUCGGACAUUGGAGAGACAGGGAACAUCGCAAGGGCACCUGCACAGGCGUUGAAUACAGAGAGGAGGCUGAAAGAGCAUGAGAUCAGAAUAAAUGAACUUCAGAAACAACUCGGGAAUGAGACAUCUAAACGUCAAGUGGCAGAGCAAAGGAAUCGCGAGAUCGAGAAACAGCCGCAAGUGCUGCAGCAGAAGCUGUCGAAUGCAUCGACCGAGGAGAAGGAAGGGAAAGACAUGCUCAAAAUGGAGAAGAAUGCACAUGAAGAAACAAAGCGAAAGCUAUCCGAGAUCGAAAGAAAGCUCAAGGUAGCAGAGUUGCAGAGACAGUUGGCCAUUUUGAAGGAAGAACCUGCACCUGUUAAUGCAAGGAACAAAGAGUUAGCCUCCCAAACUCUGAUGCUGAGUGAAGAUCCAAUAGUCCUUCUGGUAGUACAGCGGAUUCAGAUGCCUGAUCUGCUAGCCUUCAUAAAGGAAAACAAGGACAAGCUCAUCGUCAUCCAUGUCUACUCACACGCACGUGUGAAGAUUGUAGAUGUGGAGAAGAUAAAAAGGAGAAUUGUGGAAAAAUUGAGUCAUGCAGUCUCCCUGGAUGCAGAUUUGGAUGAUACUGAAGUAAUGGAGUUCUUCAGACCUAAACGGUCUGCUGUCAAGCCCGAUCGUUCCGACACGAUCCGGGAAGAGGAAGCUAUUGAGUUCGGGAAACGAUGCCACGUGCUCAACAAUGGAGGCUGCCUCGCUUCUCCCACCUUUUAA